GUUAAAGCAUGAAUAUUCUAUGUGUCAUUAUUUCGUAAAACUUUAUUUAAACAAUAAAAUAAUAUUUUAUAUUAAUAUAAUAAUAUAGACAUAGAUGGAAGCAUUUAUCAUUAUCACAGUGUUUCUCAAUAGCUGCUUUUAAGAUAUUUUAACAUUCAAUAAAUACUUUAAUCAAAAGGAAUUAUUUAUCAAUAGUACAGUAACAUAGAAUUGUAAAAUAUCUGUAUAAAAUGAAUAUUGCUUGAUAUACGUAUCUUUUAAAACCUCUACAAAUUUUAUGUUUGUUUACCUAAAUAUAAUGCAUAUUUUAUUAUUCGUGCCUUGUUGAGUUUCUUUCGCCAAAUUCUAUUCAUCAAGUAGUAGAUUGAUAAUGAUUGAUAAAAAAUAAUUUCUAGUUUAUUAUAUUAUUUUUGCGGGUAAAUUUUUUUAAGUAAAUAUCCACGAAAUUGAAGUGAAAAUGGCCAACAUUUCAAACUCUAUAAAAGAUGAAUCUCUAACUAACUCACAAGAUACGCAAGUUAUGGGCUGGAUUAAACGUACGCAAGGUGAUGGAAUGGAAAACGUGACAGCUGAGAAAAAUGAAAUUAAACAGACAAAAUACCGCCUUGGUGAAACAUUGAUUUAUCAUCCAACAAAUUUAAAACAAUUGAGUUCAAUUCCACCAGUUAUGCCAAAUGGUCCAAUAGUAAAUUUAAUACCAAGACAUGUUACUAGUGUAAAAGAUGAAAAACAUAUUUUGAAUUCUUUGAAAUCAAAAGAACCAAAGUUUAUUCCUUAUGAACCUUAUAAAGCUGCAGUCAAUCCUAUCAUUCCAUAUGAAAAGAAGAAUAAAAAAUCACAAAAAGGUAAUGUAAAUGUAAAUAUGACUGUCUCUCAAGUUGCUGCGAUGAAACUUCACGAAACAAAGGUAUCUAAUGAUUUGAAGACAAUAGAGGAAGAUAAGUCUGUAGAAAGUGAAUGGUUAAAAGAAAAGAAAGCAUAUGAAGCAGAAAUACAAAAACUUAAAGAAGAAAAUAGUCAACUUGAAAAUCAAUUGAAAUUUCAAGCGCAGGUUAAUGGAGAAUUAAAAAACUUAUUAGUGGCUGCUGUUGGAGAAGAUCUUGAAACAAAAGUUCAUUUAUUGACUGAAGAUAAAUUACAACUUGCUCGAGCUCUUUUAAAUUCUGCUCAACAUUUAUCAACCCAUCAAGAACAAACAGAGUGGUUGGCAGGUCAAUGUGAAGUAUGGAGAAGUAAAUUCUUAGCCAGUAGUUUAAUGGUGGAAGAACUUGCAAAAUGGAAAGCAGCUCUUUGUCAUAGAACUAUAGAUCUUCAGGAAGCAAUAAAAAGACUUCUAGAGGAUCGAAAUCUUAUACGAGACAUAUCUCUUAAAACAUACAGAACACUCAGUAUUUUACGUGAAAAUUUUGAUCCUGUUGGAACUGUUUCUUGUAAAAGACAUGAAUUACCAAGUACAAAUAUAAUAGAUUUAGCACAAGGCUGUUGUCAACUUGCAGAAAUUCUAAAAGUUCAAUUAUUAAGUGGUUUAGAAAAUAUUAAUUUACAGAAGGAAAUUAAUGUAACUGGUUUAGAUAUGAAAACACUUGCUGAAAAGACUGCAGAACAACUUCUUAUGAGUCCAAAAUUGCUUAUGUCAGGAAGACAAGAUGUAGCUUGUAGUGCAGUGAUGGGAGCAGCUGUUGCAAUUGGUGGCCAAAUAUUUCUUCCACGAAAAAACGCAAGAAAAAUAUUUUCAUUCUUGCCUGAAAAUAAUGGAGAUAAUCGUUCACCUAAAGAAAAUACUCCGGUUAAAAUUAAAGAAGAAGAAACUAGUGAUGAAAUUCAGGAAUAUGCAGCAACUGCAAUGAGUGAGUUAUUAGGAUGGUAUGGCUAUGAUAAAGUGGAUAAUGGUUGUACAAAAAGUUUAAACCUGGAUCAUUUUACAUCUAUUUCUGAUACAAAUAUAAAAAAUCAAGCACUUCAAAUUAAUCAAGAUAUUGUUUCAAGGCAACUAACAUUAAAACCUCCAGCAAUGAAUACAUCUAAUUCAGCUUGUGAAGUUUCUAAUAUACCAUUGUCUUAUUCCAAUAAUAAUUUAAUGUCUAUGAAUAGACAACUCAUAUCUCCCUUACCAUUAAAAUCAGUAUCUUUUGGUACUACAUCUACAUUUCCAUAUAAAACUUAUCCAAAUUCUAUUUAUUCAGAUAAUAUAUCUUGUUCUUGGUGUGGUAAAAUUAUUCAAACACUUGACUCAGAAAGAUUUCUUUCUUAUAAUACGAUGAAUGCUUUGGGAUACUUUUGUAGUGAAGCCUGUUUUGCAGCUGGUCGAAGAGCAGUUUUUAAACAAACAAAAACAUGUGAUUGGUGCAGACUUAUACGAAAUCCAAUUAGUCAUGUUGAUCUUCAAGAUGGUGGAAAUCAACUUCAAUUUUGUAGUAAUAAAUGUUUAAAUCAAUACAAAAUCAAUAUUUUCUGUCAUGAAACACAAACUCAUUUAAUGCUUCAAGAAAAAAGUUGUUUAAUAACACCAGAAUUAUGGUUUCGAAGUUGUCAGUCACCAUUAAAUAAUCCUGCAGAAAAUACGUAUUUAGUUGAUACACACUUAACUCAUAAUUUAUCAUCACCUCUUUGUGAUAACAGAUCAAUAGAAAUUGAUAGCGAAAUAUCAGUAGAACUUCAUCAAAAAGAAUCUAGAAAAAAGGAUUCAGUAUACUUAAAAAAAUGUACAAAAUCCAAUAAUUGCAAUAACCACAAAAAAGAUUUUUAUACAGAGAUUAACAAAUGUGAUAAAGAGCAAACUUUAGCAAAUGAGAAAAGCAAAUGCUGUCAUUCCAUAAUUAAUCAAACUAAUUGUAAAAUGAAUUUAGAAAACAAUGAUUCCACAGAGGAGUAUAUGAUGGAUAAUAUAAAUCAUAUUUCACAUGAAAAUAGCAAUACAUUUUUAGGAAGGAACGUACAUGUAAAAAACAUAAAAAAUUUACAAGAGAGAGAACAUGACAGUCCAUCAGAAAAUAUGUUACAAUCAUCAUCUUGGCUUGCAGAUUCAACUAGAUCUAUAAUGCAUGAUGAAAUUCCAUCUUUAUCUAAGUCUUACAUAAAUGAAUCUAAUCAAACAAAAUGUCAGAAUCAAACUAACAUAUUUUCAUCAGCUAAACAAUCCAAUCCAAUUCAAUUAUUUCAUUCAUUACCUACAACAUUUUUGUCCCCCGUUACAGUUCUUGUACCAUAUCCUCUACCCAUACCUAUACCAAUCCCUAUACCUAUUCCAAUUCCUAUAUCAACAGCAAUUUUUAAUAAAUUAAUAACUGAUAAAGGAGAUUCCAUAAAUAUAAAAGAUUCAAAAUAUAAAAAUGUGGAAUGUAAAGAUUCAACAAAAGAUAAAUAUCCUAUUUUUGAUACAUCGCAAAUUAAAAAAAUAAAUAUAUCAACGACAGAAAACUUGCAGAAAGUAAAAUUAGAUAAGUUUUGUUUUUCAUCAUCAUCUUUGAAAACUAAUAAUGAAAUCGAUGUUUCACAUCAAUCACAACAGAAUAAAAAGCUUUUACGAAAAAGAAAACGCUCCAAUAAAAUCUUUAAUCAUGAACAUGAAAAAAUUCAGUUGAAAAAGAAAAAUAAUUUUAUAGCAACUUGAAAGACAACUUAUAAGAAGAUAUUUUUUAAUGAGAUGUAUAUAGAAUAUUUUUUAUUUGUAAUUAAUAACUUUAAAAAGUAAAGUAAGUAAAUAUUAACAGACAAAAAUGAUCUUUUCACUAAUUAUAGUAAUGCCACUAGAUGUAAUAGUAACUGAAUAAUAAGGAAUUUUUUAUUAUUCAUAGCUUCUAUCAAUAAUUUACUUUAAUGAUUUAAUUAGAUAAAAACACUGUAAGAAAAAAGUAAUUAUUCUGCAUUAUAGUCCUCAAAUAUAAUAUAUAAUUUUUCAAUUUCAUUUCUUAGAAUUUGAUUGCAUGUGUUUUAAUAUGUUUUAAAUAAUUUUUUGGAACUAUUAUUUUUGUUACAAUAAAAGAAAUUUAUUUAUAAUUUGAAUAUAUUUCAGAAAAAUAUUUUACAGUUGAGAUAUAUAUUUCUUAUAUUUUUUAGUUGAGAUAUACUAUCUUUUUUAUAUCUUUGUACAAUAUUCAUAUAAAUAAAAAAUAAAAAAAUUUACAAUAAAAAAAUUACAUAUUCAAAUUAUUGUAAUAUAUGAGAAAAAAAUAAACAUUGUUUUUUUAACAAAUAUUUACGUUUUCCUUAGUAUUAAGAUUCAUACCCAUAAAAAUAUUUUUAAUAAAAAGAUGUGUAUAUAUAUAUAUAUAUAUAUAUAUAUAUGUAUGUGUAUAUAAUAAAUAUUACUAUGUAAAUAAUUAAAAUUAAAUACAAAAAUAAUGUAUACUAUAAUAAUUAUAGCUUUGUCCAAAUAAAUAA